AUGGAUCUGCCCGACCUUCCUUUCCCUCUCUCCUCUGCCGAUGAUCUCUACGAUGACCCCUGCUUCAGCACCGGCGACAUGAACUUUUUUGACGACCUGGACACCCGGUUGAUGCACGCCGGCCUGCUGAAGUCAGAGGAUCAUCAGCAUCAUCACCACUACCACGUCCCCAUCGCAGAGGAGGAGGAUGAGCAUGUGAGGGCCCCCGGGGGCCUCCACCAGGCGGGACACUGCCUGCUGUGGGCCUGCAAAGCCUGCAAGAGGAAGACGACACAUGAAGACAGGAGGAAGGCAGCGACCAUGAGAGAGAGGCGACGACUCGGUAAGGUCAACGAUGCCUUUGAGACCCUGAAGCGCUGCACGGCCUCCAACCCCAACCAGCGGCUGCCCAAAGUGGACAUCCUCCGCAACGCCAUCAGCUACAUUGAGUCUCUGCAGGCGCUGCUGAGGGCCGGCCGGGAGGACAGCUUCUACCCACCGCUCAAACACUACAGCGGGGACUCGGACGCCUCCAGCCCCCGUUCCAACUGCUCUGAUGGCAUGAUGGAUUUCAUCUCUCCGUGUUCGACCAGAAGUGAAAACAGUGACGGUUCCUACUGCGGCCAAACAGCAGAAGACGCCAGUAGCAGCAAACCGUCACUCAUUUCCAGCCUGGACUGUUUAUCCAGCAUCGUACAGCGGAUCAGCACGGACCCUGCUGUCGCCCCCCCGGGUGACAGCGUGGUCCCCCGAGGCCCCGGGUCUCCUCAGAACAGCCCUGCGGUUUCCAGACCUACUGAUGAACCCAACAGCAUCUAUGAGCCGCUCUGAACCUGAAGGACCUGAAGGACCUGAAGGACUCGUAAUUCCACAAAAACACAAAAUCUUUUUCCUACAUUUCAAAGGGAGGAAAGUGCAGGUGUAAUAUUCCCGUCCUCUAACAAUAAGUCACAGAAAUACAAGGCUUAAAACUGAAGUAUUUUUAAAAAUGUAGUAGAUAUUAUAACAUUGGGUGAAGACUUUUCCACCAAAGUUUGAGUUUGCUCCAGUUUUUAAAACCUCCCUGAUGAACUGAAGGCUGCUGCGUUGUGCCAUUAAUAUCAAAACACAAAGAAAAGACAAAGAAGAAGAGUUUUUUGUUCAUUGGUUGGAGGACGGUGGACCAUUUUGUACAACUGUAAAUAAGAGCUGCUUGUUAAUAGUAACACAUACUGUAUGAAGGAAUUGUUGUGUCAAAUGUUUCUAUAUAUUAUUUAUGAGUGAAUGACAUUUUAAUAAAUACAUAUUUAUA